GAAGACGAAGAGGAGGAGGGCGACGAGGAGGAGGAGGCGGCGACGGCUGUCAUUUUUUUUCAUGUGUACCAACAGGGCACGUUUCUCGGGAGCGAGACCCAGGCGGGUGUAAACUGUCCGCACGGGCUCCAUCAGCAGGCGUCUGACCGGACCGGUCCGUCCCGGUCUGUGGUUGGUCUUCGGCGGUCAAGACAGAGAGCGAAGACGGCGGUUUUUCUAGAAGACAUUACAUGAAUUCUGUCGAGGUCGAUUUUUUUUUUUUUUUGGUUGCCUAUUUCAUCCCCACCAAUUAAACAAGAAAUAGCCGCGCUGUCGUGUCUCUCUGCAGCAGAUGAUGUGCGAGGGGGGGAGAAAAAGCUGCAUUUAUUGGCCUAUUGGUGGCUGAUCUGGACAUCGAGGAGGAGGAGGAGGAGGAAGAAAAAACAUGCCAGUGAGUCAACAGCUGGAGUGGAAAACACACGACGGAUCUCGGUCAACGCGUUCCUCAUAGCUGACGCAUGGGCUUUGUUCAACCGUCCGUGCAUUCGGUAAUUCAGCGGGACGCCGAGCCAGGAGAAACCCGACUGCACCGCCUCACGCCAGCGGAGGAAGAGGACAUCCUCCCCCAGCGGAACCCAGCGGAACCCGGCGAUGGACUCCCCCGGCGCAGACCUCGGCUGUUAACUGUUGACAGAUUUAUUAGGGGGCUGUGUUGGAAAAGCAGAAGUUGAGAAGGGCGCAAGGGAGCCAGGCAGGAAGGGAAGGCGAAGGAGAGAAGCUCUCCGGUUACCGCCGGGUAACGCAGCGCGUCUCACCCCCCGCGGGGCCGACGCGCGGGAGGAGGGAAGGGGAGGCGGAAUGUGGCAUCGCCGUCAGCCUCCGCUUUGACUGAGCGAGGGCCGCGUCGGGCAGUCGGGGGGGACAACCGGUGGUCGUUAACUCUCCAGUGUGUGUGUGUGUGUGCGCGCGCGCGCGUGUGUGCGGGUGGUGGUAAAAACCGGUUUUUGAUGCGCGAGAAAGCGACGUGCCGCCCCCCCCCUCCACCUUCCCGCCCUUCGCCGGGAGCCUCUUGUCAACCCAACGGACACUAAUAAAAGCAUCUAUAUCGUUAUUAUUAUUAUUAUUAUAUCUCACCACACUCCCCACCCUAUUUCAUUUUUUUUUGGAGUGCCCGUCUGUUGAAACCUUCCACUCUCCAAAAUCUCGCGGGAUAUAAAAAAAAAUAAAAUAAAAAAAAAGGGUGUGAAUCAAAAAGACAGACGGACAAGAGCUUACGACAACAACGAAAAACACCCCGGGAGAGCCGCCUUUAUGAAGAUGCUGAUGUGUGACCGCGGCGUCCAGAUGCUCGUGACGACGGUGGGCGCGUUCGCCGCCUUCAGCCUCAUGACCAUCGCCGUCGGCACCGACUACUGGCUGUACUCGCGCGGGGUCUGCCGCACGAAGAACAGCGGCGACAACGACACGAGCCGCAAGAACGAGGAGGUGAUGACGCACUCCGGCCUCUGGCGAACCUGCUGUCUGGAAGGGACAUUCAGAGGUGUGUGUAAGAAGAUCGAUCACUUCCCGGGAGACGCCGACUACGAAGCCGAUGCCGCUGGAUACCUUUUACGUGCUGUGCGGGCCUCCAGUAUCUUCCCCAUCAUGAGCGUGGGUCUGCUGUUCCUGGGGGGCCUCUGUGUGGCCGCCAGCGAGUUUUACCGGAGCCGACACAACGUGAUCCUCAGCGCGGGCAUCUUCUUCGUCUCUGCAGGUCUCAGUAACAUCAUCGGGAUCAUCGUGUACAUCUCCGCCAACUCGGGCGACCCGGGUCAGAGCGACAGCAAGAAGUCCUACUCCUACGGCUGGUCCUUCUACUUCGGCGCCCUCUCCUUCAUCAUGGCGGAGAUGGUGGGCGUGCUGGCCGUGCACAUGUUCAUCGAGAAGCACCGCAAGCAGCGGGCCAAGUCCCGCACCGAGCUCAUCAAGAAGUCCGCCUUCAGCCGCAUCCCGUCCUACCGCUACCGCUUCCGGCGCCGCUCCAGCGUGCGCUCCUCCGAGGCCCCGAGCCGCGACGCCUCCCCGCUGGGGAAGGGCGGCUACACGGGGCCCGCCGCCUCCGAGAUGCCCAUGUACACGCUGAACCCGCGCGAGGCGGGCAACGCCGGCGCCAAGCCCGGGGGCGGCAUGGGCGGGCUGCUCAACUCGGAGAGGGAGUUCCUCCAGAGCAGCACGCUCACCAAAGACUACAGCAAGGACCCCAACCGCAGGACCACGCCCGUCUGAGAGGCCCGCAGACAUCGCCCGAUCGGAAGCGCCGAGCGGCGGGGGAUGAGGAGGAGGAGGGGGGGGGGGCGCACAGGG